AUGAAAAAAGUAUUUGAAUCUGAACUUGAUAAGAAUUUAGAUGAAUUAUCUUCAUUAAUGGAAGGUCAAACAGGAAUAUUAUGUACAAAUGAAAAAGUUGAAACAGUAUUAGAAGAUUUGAAAAAUUUUGUUAAACCAGAUUUUGCUAGAACUAAUAGUAUUAUUAAUCAAACUAUAAUAAUUCCUCGAGGUGUAAUUAAAUAUGGAAGAUUGCCUUCAAAAAUAAAUUUAAAACAAAAGUUGAUGAUUCAAGAUGAUUAUGUUGUUUGUCAGAAUGGUGAUAAGUUAACUGAGAAUCAGGCUCAUUUAUUGCAGAAUUUAAGAUGA